CAGCAAUUGAAGCAUCACAAUCGAGUGGAGACGAUGGACAGCAAGGACGAGGUGCAUGUUGCCGCCGAGCCUCAGGGCAAUGACGCGCGCCAGGAGGAGGAGGUCAAGGUGAUCGUGAUGAACUACGGCAAGUGGAAGGAAUCGAAGGUUUUGAGCGAGCUGCUGCGUCAAAAGGGCGUGAAUUUCCUCAAGGUGCAGAAGGCACGACAGCUAUCCUUCGGCUUCGUGCACUUCCACUCCAAGGAGGAGCGUGCUGAGGCAAUGCUGAAGCUUCAAGCCAUCGAGUGGAACGGCGAACUCCUGGAAGUCAAGGACGCGCUUCCCAAGAGGAGCAUGAAGCCUAUGCGCAAGCGCAACAAGCGCGAUCCUGAGGAGGCGGGAAAAGCACAGCAGGAACAACAGGAGGAGGACGUCUCGCAGCGUGAUGUUCGCGACGUGGUCACUCCGUGGGCCUCUGUGCCUUACGAGGAGCAGCUUGAACGCAAGGAGGCGGAGAUGAAGAAAGUCCUAGUCAAGAUCGUACGUCAGACCCGCAAGGAGUUCGGUAAGAAGGAGAAGCGGGUGGCUCAAGACCAGCGCAAUGUGGCAAAAAAGAAACGCAAAUUGGAAAAGGAAGAAAACACUGAACAGGUGAAGCCUGCGGAGGUGUACGUUGACGACGCCAAGCCGCAGUACUCGCUGAAGAUCCCCAAAUGGCUUAACAGCCACGGUUCGAUCUAUGUUGUAGCCAAUAACGUGCUGUACUCGCGUGCCCACGAAGCUGAAGCCGAUACGCCUUGGACACGAGUGGCAGAUGCAACAGAUGUGGCGGCGAUCGUGUCGUUCGGUAGCGACCUGGUGGCUGCCAAGACAGACAACAACAUCUACGCUCUCAAGCCCGACCAGUCGUGCAAUGGUGGCUUGGCAUGGGAAAAGAUUUGCAGCGGACCUGAAGGCUCUCAGAUCACGUCGUUCGCGUCGCUACGUGGCACUUUACUGAGCUGUACGAGCGACGGUAAGAUCUUUAAGCAGGAAGGUACAGGUCGCUUUGCUUCGGGAGAGUGGAAGCUGCUGGGUGAGGUCCCUGGCGCUUCCAUUAUCGGACUACACAAUGGCUACUUGUACGCUCUCAAUGCGACUGCGCCGUGGUCACGCGCUCCGCUGGACGGAACAGCGUUGGAAGCUCUGAAGUUCGAGAAGUUCGACGUGAAGAUGCCUGAAGCACUUGGUAUCACGUCGCACAACACUCUGUUUAUCCUCCUGACGCCUGAAUCUCUGCAGUUCGUGCAGCAAGAUGGUACAGUGAAGGCUUCUGUGGCGUUAACGGAGGAGAUCAAGGGAGCGAACUUUACGGGAUUUGCGAGUCACAACGGUCUAUGCUGUCCUAUGGACUCCAUCCACGCCUCUCCUGUGACCGAAGGAUAUCGGAACAAGUGCGAAUUCAGCUUCGGGUUCGACAAGGAAGACAAACCGUGUGUGGGUUUCCGUCUCGGUCUCUUCCGUGAAGGCUCCGUGGUUGUCAGUAAGCCGGACGAGUGCAUCAAUGUAUCCAAGGAGAUGAAGGCCGUCUGUGCUGUGAUGCAGAACAUCCUAGAGACAUCAGAUGUUCCAGUGUACAAUGUCACCACGAAGAGCGGAGUGUGGCGUGUACUGACAGUGCGUCAGAGUGUGAAUACCGGAGAACUGAUGGUCAUGGUGCAGGUGAACCCUAAAGACAAGACUGAUGAAGAGAGAGCUGCCGUCAAAGAUCUGGUGGUGAAGCGACUUACAGAUGAGAGCAACUCAUUCAAGAUCACAUCUAUCUUCAUGCAGGAGUACGAGGGUCUCUCGGCUCCUUCGGAUAACGACCCAGUGGAGCACGUAUACGGCAAUACGAAGCUGGAGGAAUAUCUGCUGGGUAUGCGCUUCUCAGUCUCUCCGAACGCCUUCUUCCAGGUCAAUACUCGUGGUGCAGAGAAGCUGUACUCGUUGGUGAAGCAGUACGCUAACGCGGACGAACACACGCUGCUGUAUGACGUGUGUUGCGGCACUGGUACGAUCGGUAUCUGUGCGUCGAAAGGUGUGGGCAAAGUCGUGGGUAUUGAGAUCUGUAAGCCUGCUACGGACGACGCCAAGGUGAACGCGGUACUGAACGACGUCCAGAAUGUGAGCUUUGUCAACUCGAAGGCUGAGGAUGUGAUGAAGGACUUGCUGCACAAGAAACGAGACGAGAGCGAGCAGCAUCUGAACCGCGUCGUGGCCAUCGUGGACCCUCCGCGCGCUGGUCUUCACCAUCAAGUGCUGCGAGCUCUGCGUGCCUGUCCGCCAGUGGAGCGCAUCGUGUACGUGUCGUGCAACCCAACCAACUCUCUAGUGCGAGACGCAGUGACGCUGUGUGGUCCCAGCACCAAGUCCAUCCAGGGCCAGGCCUUCGAGCCUGUACACGCCGUCCCCGUCGACAUGUUCCCACACACGCCGCACUGCGAGAUGAUCAUCGUCUUCGAUCGUGUCAAGAACUAGAAACUAGAACUGACUAGGUUCUAAACCUAAUUCAAAAACCUGGAUAUGUAAAACAUGAACUGUGCACGUGUCUAUUCUAUAGAGACAACGGGUAGAUUUAGUCAC